AUGUCGCAGAUACGUCUUACCAACGAGCAGAAGCUGCGCAUCUGCAAGCACCAGGAUGCUAACCCGCGCAUCACCCAGACUGCCCUGGCGGCUUGGACAAAGGACGCCUUUGACCUCCAGAAGGCACUUUCCCAGGCAGUGAUCAGCAAAAUCAUCAAAAAAAGGAAGGAGCUUGAGGCAAUGGACACCACUGACCUCAGCGCCAAGCGUCCUCGGACUGUCCAGCACCCAGCUGUGGAGGAGGCCGUCGCCUUCUGGGUCUUGCAGUGCCAGCACCGUGGGGUCGCUCUCACUGGAGAUCUCAUACGGGCCAAGGCUCAGACCUUUGCGGGAUCAAUGGGCGUCUCGGAGGAAAACAUCAGCUUUUCGCAUGGGUGGCUCCACAAAUUCCAGCAACGCCACAAACUGCGAGCUGUCCGCAUUCAUGGCGAGAGUGGCUCAGCAGAUAUGGGCGCUCUAGAGGAGGCUCUUCCACACCUCAAGGCCGUGGUUGCUGGUUAUGCGCCAUGUGACGUGUACAACAUGGACGAAACUGGUUUGUUCUACAGUAUGACGCCCGAUAAAACGAUCGCCCAGAAAGAGGUCGAAGGGUUUAAAAAAGACAAGACGCGCAUCACAGUUGCUCUCACGGCAAACGCUGAUGGAUCCGACAAACUCCCGCCGUUCUUCAUUGGACACGCCAAAAAGCCGCGGUGUUUUGAGCACAAGACAGCUGAGCGACUGGGCUUUCUCUACCGCAACAACAAGAAAGCCUGGAUGACUGGCAUACUCUUCCAGGAAUGGCUGGGAGACGUCGACAAAAGUAUGAAGCAAAAGGAUAGAAAAAUCCUGCUUCUCAUGGACAACGCUCCUUCACACAUUGUUGCUGACCUGGAACUCACCAACAUCACGGUCCAGGUUCUUCCUCCUAAUACGACUUCAAAGGUCCAACCCAUGGAUGCUGGGAUUAUUGCCGCAUUCAAGAGGCACUACCGCCGGCUGCAUCUGCAGAAUUCCUUGGACCGUGACGAGCGCGGAGAAACCAACCUUUACAAGGUUGAUCAGCUCACGGCCAUGCGUUGGUCGCUGGCUGCGUGGAGCGAGAUUUCCAGUGCCACAAUCGCCAACUGCUUCCGUCAUACGGGACUCAUGGACGGUCCGGCUCUGCCGACUGUAGAGGAGCAGCGCGUGGAACAGGAUCUUGUUUCGGCGCUGGAAAGGCUCCCGCUCCGCAAUCCCAUGUCGAUCGCUUCUCUUCUCAAUCCGGCUGAGGAGGAGGAGACGGCGCAUGCGGAGCUGACCGAUGCCGAAAUCAUCAAGCUUGUUGAGGAUCCGUAUGGGGAGGAGGAAGGUGCUGCUGAGGCGGAGGAGGAGGUGGAAAAGCAUUCGAAGGCUGAAAAGCUUGCCAGCCUUAGUCUAUCCAUCGCCCUUCUCGACCUUUCUCAGGAGUCCCAUCGUAUAGCUCACCGGACCCUUCGCCAAGUCCAAGCUGAUCUCCGUAGUGCGAGCACCACUCAGGCCACACUUGAUUCCUGGCUGAAGUAG